AAAACCAUGUGAUUCCCCCCCAAAUCCACCGACUCCCCCUCUCUCUCUACUGGCAAUGAUUAAUGACUGGUUUCUUAUGUUUUCCUAGGAACUCAACUUCUUAGCAGUUUCAUCUGGAAUUAGUUAUUCAAGUAAACUACCAGGUUUGACAGCGGUGAUGGGACUAAUAGAACGUUUCUGCUUUUUUAGACGUUUGUCGUUACUGCGAAUCACCUUUGCUUUAUGCUUUGUGGUGUCAUUUUUUUUAUUUCAAGUCUGUUAAAAGUUACGCCAUCUAGAGAUAGUCCACCAAUUUUUUAUUUUGCGAAAACGAACAAAACGGACGAAACGAACGAAAUCGACGAUUUCCGUCGUGAGUGGCUACGUCAGCAUCGUGCGCGCUCGGACUGGCAAGCCAUAAUCAAACCGUGUUAUGACAAUAUGGCCUGGGGAAAGGUGAAGGCUGGAUGGGGAAAAGUUAACAGAACCAACGCCUUCACAAGUAAAAUAAUAUUUCAGGACAUCAGGCCUGCUGAAGAAUAUAGUAAGAUUUUCAUCCAAUCAAAAACUUCGGAUAACAGAACAAAAGUAAUCGGUGGAGACACCUGGAGAGUCCACGUACGUGGCCCAUCAAGCAUUGCGGCCACUGUUUUUGAUCACAACAAUGGAACUUAUGAGGCUCUGUUUCUUAUUAUGGAGCCUGGUAUCUACCAGCUGUCAAUUUAUCUGGAUUAUAGUCUAUGUGAUGGAUUCAAGGACCCUCCACGUGACUGGUUCAUUAAAGGGGACGCUCAAGGCAAAUAUCAGAAGGAAGGUCUUCUAGGCCCUCUGGAUGAUUAUUUGGUAAAGCCCCUUCAGGGCGGAAGACUUUUCGAGAUAAACGUAGCAAGAACAAAGAUGAACUUGAAAUUAGCCGACAGACUUCAUUCUCUAGAGUCUUGCUCCUCCACUUGCAACAACUUGUGGGAAGGAUUUGGUCGAUGGAAGAAUGACACCUGGCGGCCAUACCUUGAAGAAUCAUACAACUGGUCCUUACCAGCAUACCACAACUCUUCUGGAACUUUAUGGGUCUAUGGGGAUUCAUUAGGGCUUUUCUUUCAUCAAGCAAUCAGCUCUCGACCCCUGUGUAAAAGGCUCUACUCCAAAUGCAAAAACAGUUAUAACUGGCUCUAUCCAAGAAUUGAUGGCAAAACUGAAAAGGAUUUAGACCUUGACUUCCGUCCUGAGAAAGUCUUGAAUGCUAUUCGCGAUGUUCUUCAUACGACAGACCUACAACAACCUUCCAGUGUAUUACUUUUAAACCUUGGACUUCAUUAUCCGUACAGCCUUAAUUUUACAACUUUCCAAAAGGUCCUCGGGAUGGUAAUAAACUUGUUGAAAGAGACAAAGUAUAAAGCGAAGGUCAUUUGGAAAUCAACUACAGCUAUAUUCAAGCAUAAGGGAACGAAGUUCAACCCAACAGAUAAGAGAUUCCUCACACCGCAGCGUAUUCAAUUGUUCAGCGCAUACGCCAUGUCCACCAUAUGCCAGGCGGGUUUUGAUGUCAUAGACUUGUAUCCGCUGACCCACUCGUAUCCGGAGGGUACGUUCCCUAAGGACAUAUCCCACUAUCCACACAAAGUGUUUUUCCCCCUCGAAACGCUUUUAGAAAAAUAUAAAGUAAACAAAAAUCAACGAAUAGGAACGGAUGAUAACAAGGUAAGAAUUAGACGAUGUACCAGCUGACCAAAAAUAUGUACAAUUAUCCCCAGUCUUCAGAGGUCAGUUUAAGAUGUGCCAUGUAUCGCAAGUUUUAUCUUUUUCUCUCCAGACCUGACACACUCAUCAAGUUCCACUCCCCUCCUCACUGUUUGUGUUGCUGUAAUAUGAGCGUUUUAAGCCUUUUUUUAUCGUCCUCCUCAACUUUGGAAGAGCUAAGCAAAUUAAAA